AGAGAUACAAAUUACUGUGGAAGUGUUUGGCGGGUAACGUUUACAAACAAGGAUUUUCGAAUAUUUAAGACAUUUGGCGACGUUUUACUUAUCUCAAAUAUCUGUUAUGGAUAAAUAAAGUUAUUUAAAUCAAUGUGACAUCAAAAUGAUUUCGAUACCUGUAAAAUAUCGGCGUUCAUGUUCAUUUGAAAAUCGUUCGUGCAAGAAUCGAAUUUGCCUCAUUGUUGUCAAGACAAGAUAAUGCACAGCUCGCUUUCCAAGUUUAGAGGAAGUUAUGAUCUAGAAUAUGUUUCAAUGCGUAAAAACUGUGAACGUUAAGUGAUUUGAAAGAUCGAAUGUUCAAAGUUUUGAGCCAUCAACUAGUAAAAGAUGUUUUAAAUUCCGUGGCACAAAAUGAUUUUCCAAAUAUCGACUCAAAGGAAGAAUAUAUGAUGCUUAAGUUGUCAGAAUUUGCAUCUUUCUAAAUGUUCAACUGUUCAAGUCUACACGCCGUUAACCAGUGAAAGAUAAAUCAAACGAAGUUACAAUUCCAAACAAGAACAAUAUGCUUAACAAAAACAAAUCACUGCCAUCUUAAAGAAGAUGGAAUCAAGAAACGUAAGAAAUCUGUUUAACAUUCGCUUAAUGUUUAAUGUGGUUCGAAAGAAACUUGCUCAGUUUUUUAUCGAAGAAUGGAACUCUCGUUACAAAGAUAGGUAUGGAGAAUGGGAUGACACAAACAACAGUGGCAAAAUAUUUUACCAACUUGAACAACGUCCAAUGCUUCCUCAAACAAUAGCAAUGUAUUUUCGCGAUGGAGACACCAGUAAAUGGGACUGUACAAUAUUAUUUCAUGCAAUACUUUUUUCAAAUUCAAUUGGAAAUCAUCUUCAUAGAAAAACAAGGAAUGCUUUAGAUGAACUUCGUCGUGAAAGAAACAAUUACGUACAUUUUAGUAGAAGCGAAUGCUCAGAUGAUGAUUUUGAUGAAAUAGUCUGUAUCAUUGAAAAUUCAUUUGAGCAAUUGCAAUUUUCUCUCGAAGAAAUCAUUGAAAUAAAGGCUGAUCGAAGCAGUUUUAAUUCAUUUCAAGCUCUUCCUUCUAAAUCUAAUCAUUUUCUCGUUGAACGCACAGAAUUACGAGAUCAAAUUAUAAAAGAUCUUGAAAAAUUAAGGAAUUAUAACAAUAAUGAACUGACAUAUUUCUACAUCUCUGGUAAUCCUGGCAGUGGUAAAUCUCAACUUGCAAGACAGGUUUGUGAAAAAAUAUUUUGUGAUUGGAAAAAUAAAACUUCGUUUGUAAUGACUCUCGAUGGAAAGAAUGAGGAAUCUCUUUUAAAAACUUACUGUGAACUUGGAUACCGUUUAAACUGUGACAAAAAUAUGAUUAAAAAAUUUGAAGAUGACAACUGUUCCAUCACAGACAAACUGACAAAUUUGCGAUCGCUCGUAUCCACACGAUUAAAAUUCUGGCAAAAUUGGUUGAUCAUUGUAGACAACGUGGCACAGCUUGGAAAAAUUUCUUCGUUACUUCCCCAAGUAGGUGAUCCCAUGUGGACAAAUGGACAAAUCAUAGUAACUAUCCAAAACACAGAUGCCGUACCUCAAGACGAUAAGUUUAACAAACAUAUUUCUAUCAGAAGUGGAAUGAAUGAUAAAGAAUGUUGUCAGUUGUUGAAUUAUUACACUGAAGAUGAAAAUGCUAAUGAUCAAUUGUUGAAUGAAAUAUCGCAAGGAUUGGAUCGUCAACCGCUGGCUUUGGCUGCUGCUGGUUAUUAUGUCAGUCUUGUAAGCAGAGUAAAUGCGAAGCUAAAAAUCAUCUUGAAAAGGCUCUGGAAAUUCGAAAACAAUCGUUAGGUCAAUAUCAUGUUGAU